AUGCUGGAGAUGUUCAGAUAUCAUGCGAUACAUUUUUUAUUAAUGAUACACAUUUCCACUCUAAAGGUCUUUAAUGAUCCCAUCCACGGGCAUGUGGAGUUGCACCCACUUCUCAUCAGAAUCAUUGACACACCUCAAUUCCAGAGACUGCGAAACAUCAAGCAGUUGGGAGGGGCCUACUUUGUCUUCCCCGGAGCGUCCCACAACCGCUUUGAACACAGCAUCGGGGUUGGUCACUUGGCAGGACAACUUGUAAAGGCUCUGCAUGACAGGCAGCCAGAACUCGACAUCACUGACAGAGACAUCCUCUGCGUGCAGAUCGCUGGGCUCUGCCAUGACCUGGGACAUGGGCCAUUUUCCCAUUUGUUUGAUCGGAAGUUCAUCCCCACAGCACGUCCUGGUUAUCCCUGGAAGCACGAGCAGGCCUCUUUGAAAAUGUUUGAUUACCUGGUUAAGGACAACAACUUGAGGCCGGUGAUGGAGCAGCACGGCCUGGUGCUGCAUGAGGACCUGAAGUUCAUCAAGGAGCAGAUUGCUGGACCAUUGGACACUAAUGGAGCUGAAGCUAAAGGGUGGCCUUACAAAGGUCGCAAAGAGAAAAAGUCCUUUCUCUAUGAUAUUGUGGCCAACAAAAGAAAUGGCAUUGAUGUGGAUAAGUGGGACUACUUCGCAAGGGACUGCUACCACCUGGGCAUUAAGAACAACUUUGAUUAUCAGCGCUUCCUUAUGUUCGCCAGGGUGUGUGAGGUGGACGGGCAGAAGCAAAUCUGUACCAGAGACAAGGAGGUGGGCAAUCUGUAUGACAUGUUCCACACGAGGAACUGUCUCCACACAAGAGCCUACAAGCACAGUGUUUGCGACAUCAUAGAGUUCAUGAUCACUGAGGCCUUUGUAAAAGCAGAUACACACAUCAACUUUAUAAACUCAAAAGGGAAGGAGUUCACUCUCUCCAAGACCAUAGACGACAUGGAGGCCUACACCAAACUGACAGAUCAUGUGUUUGAACAAAUACUCUACUCGUCCUCUGAGGAGCUGGAGGAACCGCGGCAGAUUCUCCAAAACAUCGUCUAUCGACGCCUCUACAAGUGUCUGGGCCGAACCAAUCCAGGAGAACAUCUGGAGGAUGUCCCGGAUGUCCCGGAUGUCCAGGAUGUCCAGGAUGUCCAGGGUGUCAACCUGCAGCCAGACGACUUUGUAGUUGACGUCUUUUCUCUGGACUAUGGGAUGAAGGAUAAGAAUCCCAUUAACAAUGUGCGAUUCUAUUGCAAAACUGACCCAACUAAAGCCUUCCAGAUAUGCAAGGACCAGGUGUCAAAAAUGCUUCCAGCGGUGUUUAGAGAGCAGGUGUUCCGGGUCUACUGCAAGAAGAGGGAUGGAAAGACUGUGGAGGCUGCCAAGAAGCACUUUGUUCAGUGGUGCAAAAAUAACACAUUUCCAACGCCUACGGACGCAGCCAUCACAGCGCCGGAGCUGACCCCUGUGAAACCCGACGAUGGAGGCUCCAGUGGCAACGCUGUUAGUGAGAGUGAGCUGGCAAAAGUCAAAAGAAAGCUUUAA